AUGCGCGGUGGACACUGUUCGUUCAUUAAGAAAACCCUGGGAGAGGUAAAAGGACUGCUUUCCAAUCCUGAAUUGGAAAGAGAGACAUUAUAUAAUCGAAAGUCCUCCUUGGAAGAGCAACUUGGAGUAAUCCAAACGCUGGAUAACGACAUCUUAAAGGUUCUAGAAGACACAGACGAGACCGAGGAAGCAGUUAUUGCGAACGAGAUCGAAGAGGCAGGAGUAUCGAGGGCGGAUAUAAAAGCUGCCAUACGAUUGUUGGAAGAAUCCCUGCCACAAAAGAAUAGCGAAAGCGAAGCGAACAGUGAGGGGGGCGAGUUUAAAUGAACAUACUGUAUCCAGCCAGAAGUCCGUUCGCGUGAGGUUACUGAAACUCGAAUUGCGAAAGUUUGACAGGAAAAUCGAGCGAUGGCAAGAAUUUUGGGAUUCGUUUAAAAGCUCGGUGGAUGAAAACCCUGAUUUAUCAGAGGUGGACAAGUUCUCGUAUUUACGUGGACUAUUAAAGGAUCAGGCGAGAGAUUGUAUUUCUGGGUAUGCUUUAACGUCAGCAAAUUACAAGAGUGCAAAGGAACAACUGCAGCAAAGAUAUGGGUGAAGCAACGUCAUACAAAAGACGCAUAUAAGGGAAUUACUGAAGCUUCAACCAGUCUACAGCGACCGAGACCCUUCGAGAUUGCAAGCAUUGUACGAUGCGACAGAAACGCACCACCGUGGACUGAAAGCUCUUAACGUAGAAUAGGAAAGUUACUCUUCAAUUGUGGUGCCAGCUAUAAUUGAGUGAACUGUUGAGUGAAGUAGAAUUGCAGGAAGAACACUGGACACCUAAACCACCACGAGCUGAAAACGGCAAUGCCAAGGGUGAUCUUCGAAGUGCGUCAGCCUUGAUAGCCAAAUCAGAAGAAGAAAGAUGCGCUUAUUCCUUGGGACGACAUGCUCAUGAGAGCUGUGAUAAAGUAAGUAGUGUAAAAGAUAGAAAAUUAGUAGCACGUAGAUAUGGACGAUGCUUUGCAUGUGUAAGUAAAGGACAUGUAUCCAAGGACUGCCGUCGAAAAACUAAUUGUGAAAUAUGUAGUAAGGGGGCCACCAUGUAUCUCUUUGUGAAUCCAAAGGGGAGGGAAAUGUUUCGGCCAGUAAUGGAAGUCCAACAAUGCAUGUUCGAUCCGAGAGUCGAGUGAUGUUGCAAACUGCGCAAGGUAUACUGAAAGGUGCUCAAAAUGCAGCACAAAUUCACGUGAUGUUUGAUACGGGGAGUCGUAAGUCUUUCGUGACUUUCAAGGUCGUAAGGGCUGCGGGGUUGCCAGUGAAAAGCAAAGAAUGGUUAGAAAUUAGCGUGUUUAGUAAGGCGAUGAAUGAUUAUAAGCUGCGAGAUGUUUUUGACCUUGAGAUUGCAUCUUGUAAGGGGGAGAAGCGGUUACUAUAG